AUGUCUCCGAAGAAAUCAAAACACUUCAAGUUAUUGGGCAAGAAGAGGUUCAGGCAAGUACUGAUCUGGACGGACAAUAACGUCAUAAUUUUGAUUGAAUUAUACAAGAAAUAUGUGGCAGAAUUUGAAAGAGGUAUUAAAAAACAUGUAUGGACGAAGAUAGGAAGAAUUUUAUCUGAAAAGAUUGGAAUAGAAGUGUCUGGUAUUCAAUGUGAUACAAAGUGGAAGGGUUUGGUAAAACACUACAAGUUGGUGAAAAAACACAAUGACACGUCAGGGAACGAACCGAAGUACUGGAAGUUUUACGAUAUUUUAAAUGACAUUUUGCACAAAAAACCCGAGAUUGAAGCAGUGGCUACAUGUAGUAGUGCGAAAGGUUUGCAAAGAAAUGAGGAAAAUGAUGUUGCAUAUGGUAAUGAUUGUGCUUCUUCCUCAAGUGGAACCAGCACGCCUACGCCUACUAACAAGAGAAAAAGACGAACUAUGGAAAACAGUGCCGAGAAGCGUCAUCGUGAACGACUACAACGUCAAGACCGCUUUCUUGAUAUACUGCAAGAUAUAGCAAACACUAUGAAGAACAAGAAUUGUGGUGGUCCUGAAAACGAAUAAUACAUUUGUAAUUAUUUUUUUAUGUACAGUUUGACGUUAAUUUCUUAAAAGCUGUUUAGUUAAUAAAUUGUUUAAUAGAAUAUUACAUAUUUGACUUCUACAGUGGCGUGGCUACAGAGGUAAUGCAUGCAUAAUAUUUAAUCGUUUAGCAAUAGCAUUAUUUCUAAUAUUUCGAUGGUUUCCCGCAUCUAUGGCAUUAUUUUGACGUUCUUCUUCUAAUUCUUCAUCUAGAUUGACGUACUGAUUUGGUAAGUCGCCAUUCAUGAUGCAAGCAUUGUGCAAUACAGCAGCAGUAACUGUAAAUAACGAUACAAAAUCUAGUCUUAC